AUGAUUUUUGAACUUAAAAAUUAAAUGGAGAAAGAAAGAAUUAUACUUUAAAAAUGGAAAAUUGGAAGUAGAUUUAAUUGGCGCAAAAAACAAAAAAUGAACGGUUGGGAUUAGAGCGGAGAUGGGAUUGAACGGAUAGGAUGGAUUGAGAGUGGAAAGUGGAGUCCGCAUGAGAGUGGACUCUGAGUGAUAUAUGGCAUGGUCGUCUCUCGGUCCGAACGAAUGUGUGAUCUGUGAGAGUUUGCAGCGAGAGAGAGAAGAAGAAGACUCAAUCGGAGAAGAUGAAGAAGAAGACGGUGGGGCAGCCGAAGUCCGGCGACGGUGACACCGUGCAUUCACCGCUUGUCACUUAUGCUUCCAUGAUUUCUCUUCUCACGCUCUGUCCUCCAUUUGUCAUUCUGCUGUGGUACACCAUGACUGCUGCUGACGGAUCUGUUUCUGAGACAUGGAAUUAUUUGAAGCAGAAUGGGGUACAGGGCUUCCUAGAUAUAUGGCCUAGACCAACUGCUACGGCUUACAAAAUCAUUGUGGUCUAUGGUUUAUUUGAAGCAGCGCUUCAGCUCCUUCUGCCCGCCAAAACCGUUUACGGCCCAAUUUCUCCAACCGGACAUCAACCUGUCUACAAGGCAAACGGUGUGGCGGCGUAUUUAGUCACCUUGAUUACUUACAUGGCCCUUUGGUGGUUUGGGAUAUUCAACCCAACAGUUGUUUAUGAUCAUUUGGGAGAAAUAUAUUCAGCACUCAUCUUCGGGAGCUUUGUCUUCUGUAUUUUGUUGUACAUAAAAGGUCAUUUGGCACCAUCUUCAACAGAUUCUGGCUCAUCUGGAAACAUAAUCAUUGAUUUUUACUGGGGGAUGGAACUCUAUCCGCGCAUUGGAAAAUAUUUUGACAUAAAAGUUUUCACCAACUGCAGAUUUGGAAUGAUGUCAUGGGCAGUUCUUGCAUUGACCUACUGUAUAAAACAGUAUGAAGAAAAUGGAAAAGUAUCCGACUCAAUGCUUGUAAACACUGCAUUAAUGCUAAUAUAUGUUACCAAGUUUUUCUGGUGGGAGGCUGGAUAUUGGAACACAAUGGAUAUUGCACACGAUCGAGCUGGAUUUUAUAUUUGCUGGGGUUGCUUGGUGUGGGUUCCAUCUGUGUAUACAUCUCCUGGAAUGUACCUUGUCAACCAUCCCGUAAAUCUCGGCAUUCAGCUAGCGAUCUCAAUUUUAUUGGCUGGCAUUCUUUGCAUAUUCAUCAACUAUGACUGUGACAGGCAAAGGCAAGAAUUUCGUAGGACAAAUGGAAAAAGCACUGUCUGGGGAAAAGCUCCGUCAAAGAUAGAGGCCUCGUAUACCACUACUACUGGGGAAACUAAAAGAAGUCUUCUUUUAACCUCUGGAUGGUGGGGAUUAUCUCGUCAUUUUCAUUAUGUCCCUGAAAUACUGGCAGCUUUCUUCUGGACAGUCCCAGCUCUUUUUAAUCAUUUUUUGCCUUACUUCUACGUGAUCUUUCUUACUAUCCUUCUCUUUGAUCGAGCAAAACGAGAUGAUGAUCGAUGCAGAUCCAAGUAUGGCAAGUACUGGAAACUAUAUUGCGACAAGGUACCCUACAGAAUAAUUCCAGGAAUAUACUGAAGAAGAAUGGUUAUUGACGAAAGCUUGUCUGGUCCCAGUUGGCUUUUAUGCCAUGCGAAAACUGUGAAAACUAAGGGCACCAUCUCUUGCCUUAUAUUGUUUACAGCCUUUGCUUGGUGUCUCCUUGGGACGCAUGUUAGAGUAGACUUUCUCUGAGGAAUAUUAAUUAUUGGACAACAAAUUUCAAUCUAAUGCCGGAACUUGAUUUUGGGGUCUAUCUGUGUUAAUUUGUUUAUCUAUCAUGUUCUUUGCUGGCAAUGACUUGUGAGAAAGGUUGCAUGAUAUGGGAUGCUUAAUGCAAUUUUAAGUUUUAUUAUGCUGGUUA